AUGCUUCACCUCCUCGGAAAUCUUCGAAAGUUGGUCAGCUUGCGCAAGGUUCACAUCGAUGGUAACGUUUUCAGACUGUACACCAAUGCGACCGUGGCCCUUCUCUUGGCCUUCUGCAUGCUGCUCACCGCCAAAGAAUAUGUGGGCUCUCCCAUAGACUGCUUCUGUCCCACACUGCCAAAGAGCGUCGUGGAUUCCUUCUGUUGGAUAGAAUCCACGUACAGCGUCAAAAGUCUCUUCAACCUCUCCAAACGCGAAGAGGUUGUCUAUCCCGGAGCCGGCCACAGCAUAACCGGCUCAGGGGACCGUAAGCAUCACGUGUACUACCAGUGGGUCUGUUUUCUGCUUUUCUGCCAGGCCAUCUCGUUCUACUUCCCGCGCUGGCUUUGGAAAGCUUGGGAAGGGGGCAAGGUACCGGCCAUAGUUUCAUCCCUGGACGUGAAGUCUUCAAUGUUACAAGACCGGGGCGACAUGCAGACACAGCUCGUCGACUUCCUGGUUCUCAACCUGAAUCGAAACAACUGGUACUUCUCUAGGUACCUCUGGUGCGAGCUGCUCUGCGUGGUGAACGUCGUCGUCCAGAUCUCACUGACGGACUUGGUCCUGGGCGGCGGAUUUUUUCUGUUCGGCUCGGACGUUGUACGUUGGCAGCGCAAGGCACGUCCCGAGCUCGCUAACCCCAUGGUGGUGAUGUUCCCUCGAAUAGCCAUGUGUAGCUUCGCAAAAUACGGCGAUUCGGGUGCGAUCGAGAACCGCGAGGCCAUCUGCGUGCUGCCUCUGAACGUGCUCAACGAGAAACUGUUCUUGUUUCUCUGGUUUUGGUACGCGGGACUGCUCGUCGUCGGCAUCUUGACACUCUGCUACCGGGUGAUCCUGAUCGCUCAUGCGCCCCUGCGCUGUCAGCUAUUGCAGCUGCGCUUUCCCGACAGUGGGCGUCUGGGCGCGCUCGUGAAGUCCCUCUCUGUGGGGGACGUGUUCUUACUGGGGCUCAUCGGCCAAAACGUGGAUGCGCUCGUGUUCAGUCAGCUUGUUGGGGAGCUGUCGAGACGCGUUGUUAAGGCGCCACGGGCACUUGCCGAGCCAGGCGCCCAUCCUGCAUACUGCAAUACCCAAAGUCGGGCAUAA